AUGAAUCAACAAAAGAGAAUCAAUGAUUUGAUAGAGAUAGGUCGUCAGAGAAAGAAGAAAAGAUUAGAUUUACAACGUAAAAAUUACAAAUAUCAUACUGAUUUAGCAAAGAAUAUUGUUGAAAGUUUCACUACAACAGCUAACCAUUACACAGUUGAAGAAGAAAAUGAUGAAUUUAAAUGGAAUGAUUCAAUUAGUACUUUGUACAAUAAUACAAAUGGAACAGGUAGUUCCAUUAUCACAAAUUAUGAUCCAUAUUUACACGGUGAAUAUUUACAAGAUGUAAAUAAUAGUGCAUUUUUUACGUCAAAAGCAAUUGUUCAAGAACAAGAAUUAACAUCCAGCAAUAGUUCAAAUUAUUUGAAUAGGGAUAACAGUAAAACAUUUGAAAGUUUUACAAUUCAAACUGAAGAUCAUAUGAAUAAUUGGUUCAAUCAAAGCAAUUAUGGAUUAAAAUUAAAUUUAUUUAUUAAUAUUGAUGCAUUUGUCGAAUUUAUUGAUUAUGAAAUAAAAUUAUAA